AACGCCGCCACGUGUCAUUUCCAGGGUUCUAAUUUCUAGACUUGGCGAUGGUUGCGGCUGCUCUUGGGAGGGCGGGCGCGAAGCUCUCUGGCGAUCGAUCGUGUCUCUGGCGGAUCGCGGGCAAUGAGAAAUGGCGGUCCCUUUGCUCGGGGCCAGCUGCCAAGCCUCCGCCGCAUCCAACUGAGGAAGCAGAGACGGUUGACGUCCAGCCCGAGAGGUCGAAGAUUUUGGUUUUGGGAGGAAAUGGAUUUGUAGGUUCUCAUGUGUGUAGAGAAGCUGUUGUGCGUGACAUUCCUGUUGCGAGCUUAAACAGAUCUGGAAAGCCUCACAUUGACGAACCUUGGGUGAAUAAGGUGGAGUGGAUUCGAGGAAAUCUUAUCGGCCCAAACACGAUUGGAGAACACAUGAAAGAUGUCUCAGCAGUGAUAUCAUGCGUAGGCGGUUUUGGAUCGAAUGACACCAUGCGCAAAAUCAAUGGCGAUGCAAAUGUCAAGGCCAUCAAUGCUGCUGCUGAUUCUGGAGUCAAAAGGUUUGUCUAUGUAUCUGCCUCAGAUCUUGGCUUCGCGUCUUACAUUUUGCGUGGCUACUUUGAAGGAAAGAAAGCGGCUGAAAACGCAGUGAUGUCUAGAUUCCCUUAUGGCGGCGUGAUCUUGCGUCCGGGAUUCAUUCACGGAACUAGACGUGUUGGCAGCAUCCAAUUACCUCUGGGAGUCAUUGGAACUCCGUUGGAAAUGGCGUUUCGAAACCUGAAAUCGAUGACGAGAGUUCCAGUUUUGGGGAACUUGGUGGUGCCUCCAGUGAAAGUUACAUCAGUGGCAAAAGCUUCCAUUCGAUCGGCCGUGGACAACGCUGUUCCUCCGGGAGUUUUGGACGUGUGGGGGAUUAUGCGCUUGGGCGAUCACUACUGAGGAGAGAAACAAAAAAUGGAUUGGCUUUUUUCGACUGGACGAAUUCAUCCAUGAGCGGAGGAAUCAAAAAAGAAUAGCUCGUGGCAACGUUGCUUACAUGACACGAACAUUCCCGGAGGAAAAUAAGAGCUUGCUCUAUUUUUUGUU